UCACUCCUCAGCCCAAUGAAUGGCAAUCCACCUGGCAGUGGCACCCAUGGCCUCUUGGAUGGGGGCGAUGGGAAUCUGCCACAGGCCCUACAGAACCUCCAGAGGAUCCUCCAGUCCCAGUUGGCCAAUGUCAAUCCUCUUCAUCUCCAACAGGCCCUCCAGAGACAACAGCAACAACAAAUGGUCGAAGCUGGGAGGAAACAACUGGAGCAAAUGGCCCAACAAAUACAGGAGCAACUCCAGAUCAAUCUGCUGCAGCAAACCCAUUUAGGCUCGUCCAAGGGCAAUAACUCGGGCACUCUCCAACAACUCCAACAACAACAACAGCAGUUGGUAGCACAACUCCAAAUGACACAACAGGCCCUUAUGCUUGGAAUGGAUGACAAGAACGUGAUCCGGGACCAACCUCAUCGAGCUCGACACAUGUCCUCAGAUAACCUCGGUUCCACUGGAUCCGAAAGCUCUCUCAAGGAAAACCGACCCGAUAACAAUAACGAGCGGAAGCCGCACAACAUCAACGGUCGUGAACGUCGUCCCAGCGCAAACGGAGGCUCAAGGACCACUCCGCCAUCUUCGCCACCUUCAGAGCAGCUCUACAAUCGAGGUCAUUGCCAUUGGCCGGGUUGUGACACUUCCUGCCCCGAUAUUGGGACCUUUCAAAGACACUUGAACGAUUGCCACGGCCGGAACGACAAGGCCACGGCUCAAACUCGAGUUCAAAUGCAGAUCGUCGGCCAACUAGAGCUCCAACUCAACAAGGAGAAGGACAAACUGAACGCCAUGAUGAAGCAUUUGAAGAUGGAAUCUCGGAACGGUGAACUCCGAGAACUGUCCCCGAAUGGCCAUGUUGGUCAUCGAGACACACGAUCGCCGAGUCCAAAACGGAUUAAACGCGAAUCGCCCGUGUUUACGGCAGCGGAUAUGGCAGCUAUGAGCCCGUUGGCACCGUUGUCAAAUGUGUCCAAUAGCCCGUCCUCUAUUACGGCUUCCAUGCCUUCGCCACUCUCUGCCUUGACGGCAGCAGUGAGAUCACCCAUGUUCACUGGGUCAAACACUCCCAUGAGUGGAGGACGAUCCCAAAGUAUGACCACGGGUGCGAUUCGACCCCGACCUCCUUCGAGUUUGCUUGAGAAGACAUCCACGCCCAAUUUGCCCCCGUUGCCACCUGGCUUUGACGAUCGACGCGGUCGAGGAGAUCGAGGUAAUCCCAAUCUGGACCCUGAGAUGGACAUCAAGAUGAACCGGGAAUUCUACAAGAACAAUGACGUCCGACCUCCUUACACCUACGCCGCCCUCAUUCGCUACGCCAUUCAUGAAGCUCCAGAUGAGCAAUUGACCCUCCAUGAGAUUUACAAUUGGUUCACCAACACCUUCAUGUACUUCAGACGAAACGCGGCCAGUUGGAAGAAUGCCGUGCGGCACAACUUGUCGCUGCACAAGUGUUUCAUGCGGGUAGAAAACGUCAAAGGAGCUGUGUGGACCGUAGAUGAUGACGAGUACCAUAAGCGACGCCCACCACGUGGUGUUCAAUCGAGCAGUGCGGCUAGUUCACCGACGUUGACACCCUCUGGCCCCUCUUUACUUGAUCGAAGUCUUAGUUCCAUGUUGGCUGCGGCAGCCAACGCCUCACAAGAUCGCUUUCCAUUUUUCAACCAAGCCGCUUUAUUGGCUGAACAAAGACGACAGCACGGAGCCGCAUUCCCCGAUCUCAAGGCCGCUUUUCUGGCGGAUGCUAACCGCAAUAACGAGAUCGUAUCCCCACCGCCCUCCAUUGACAAUCGGUCCACCCCAGGAAGCCUGGAUUUGUCACGGGUUAAGGCCGACGACGCCUCGAAUUCACCCCCACCGCCGCUCCCUCCGUCCUCUCAAAACUCCUCGUCGUCCGCGCAUCGACUUCGAAACGAAUUGUUCUCGCCAAGGGGAAAUGAGCGCGCAUACAGGGCGAGAGAGGAUGAGCCGGCCAGAAUCACGCAGACGCACCGAGUCAAAGAGGAGAGAACAGAUCGGAUUUCGCCGCGAGGUUUGAAAACCGAGGUGGAUCAGGAGAACCUCGAGAAUGCCGACCAGGCGCCAGCUGAACAAGCUCCUCAGGGAAACAAAGCCGAUGACCUCGAAGUCAAUGGAGACGACGGGUCUCUUCCAGCUGAGGAUUUAUCUACGGGUAACAUGAUGCCAAACAAAGAUGACAACAGCCAGAGCAACCACCAAGACGAUGAUAAUGACGAUGAUGUCGAAGACGAUGAUGACGACAUCAGCCACGAUGACGGUGAUGAAAACAGCAAUCCUGGUGACAAGGACUAAUCAGUGGGCGACUUUCGUAUUUUAUCUCAGCGUGCUCGCCUGCAAAACUUUAAAUGAUAUUCGACGACAGUCUCUUCCUGGUGUUCCUCGUUCUGUGAAUAUUAUCUAUCAUCCCUCUAUAUACAUAUAUAAAUUAACAAAAACAAACAGCCCUUGGAAUGCAGUUAGGCUACAAUUUACACCGCACCUUUUGUCCAAUGCUUAAUGUUGAGCACCAUUCCCCCCCCCCCCCCC